AUGAAUUUUAGCAAUCUCAUUAGCUGGCUGAAUGUUUUCGUUCAUCGUGAAUUUUCAGGUGGAAAUGAUUCUGGUGAGCAUGAAGCAGGUUGGAUCGAGGGAUGUGCCAUUUUGGUGGCGGUUAUUGUGGUUGUGCUUGUGACCGCGUUGAAUGAUUGGAGUAAAGAGAAGCAGUUCCGAGGUUUACAAUCGAAAAUCGAAACAGAACACAAAUUUUCGGUGAUUCGCAAUGGAGAGCCAAUUGAUAUAGUUGUGAAUGAAUUGGUUGUGGGCGAUAUUGCGCGUGUUAAGUAUGGCGAUCUGCUACCAGCUGAUGGCAUUCUGUUGCAAAGUAAUGACUUGAAAAUCGAUGAAUCCUCUCUGACCGGUGAAUCAGACUUGAUCAAGAAAAGUCCUGACGGUGAUCCGAUUCUUUUAUCAGGCACACAUGCCAUGGAGGGAAGCGGUCGGAUGCUGAUAACAGCGGUUGGUGUUAAUUCGCAAACUGGUAUCAUUAUGUCAUUGCUGGGCGCAACGAAAAAUGACAAUAGCAACAAGAACAACUCAAAUUCUAUUGCUCCAGAGGAUCAAGCCAACGGACGAAUAUCCGUAAACGGUGUUCAAGUUGGUGAAAAGAAACAUUCAGUGGAACAGGAAGAGGACGACGGAAAAGUGGCCAAAUCUGUUCUGCAAGGAAAACUCUCAGCACUCGCCAUCCAAAUCGGUUAUAUUGGUCUACCUCUGGCCAUCACGUUGUCGUUGACGUAUUCGGUGAAAAAGCAGUGUGUGAUAAUCAUAGUUCAGAUGAUGAAAGAUAACAAUUUGGUAAGACAUUUGGAUGCGUGUGAAACCAUGGGAAAUGCUACUGCAAUUUGUUCCGAUAAGACCGGAACGUUAACAACUAACCGAAUGACUGCCGUACAGUCGUAUAUCAACGAGACUUUCUACAAGGAUGUCACGCCUAAAUAUGAACAACUCGAUCAAAAUACCAGAGAGUUGCUAGUGGAUGGUAUUGCCAUCAAUAGUGGCUACAACUCGCAGGUAGUCGAGCCUGAUCAGCCUGGUGGACAACGAAAACAGUUGGGCAACAAAACCGAAUGCGCUCUCCUCGGAUUUAUAUUAGAUUUAGGAAAAAGUUUUGUUGCGAUUCGCAAAGAACAUCCGGAAGAUUCACUUGUCAAGGUGUACACGUUCAAUUCUGUUCGGAAGUCAAUGAUGACCGUAGUGAAACGAUCCGAUGGUGGUUUUCGGGUGUAUGCAAAAGGUGCAUCUGAAAUAAUUUUAUCAAGAUGCUCUUUCGUACUCGCUGCGAAAGGUAGCGUGGAGCAUUUCGGUAAACGUGAACUAGAUGCGAUGACACGUAACGUGAUUGAACCAAUGGCAUCUGAUGGUCUACGAACGAUAGGUUUGGCCUACAAGGACUACAUCCCAAGCACUACAAGCGCGGCGAUAAAUGAAGUAUCGUUCGAGAAAGAAAUCGACUGGGAUAACGAAGAGGCCGUUCGAAUGGGUAUGACAGCAAUUGCUGUAAUUGGAAUCCAAGACCCGGUGAGGCCAGAGGUGCCAGCAGCUAUAGAGAAAUGUCAGAAAGCUGGUAUUACUGUGCGUAUGGUGACUGGCGAUAAUAUCAAUACCGCACGAUCAAUUGCGACUAGUUGUGGUAUUCUCAAACCCGGAUCCGAUUUUCUUGCCUUGGAGGGGAAAGAAUUCAAUAAGAGGUACAUUCGCUCUAAUUUGACUGAUACAGUGUGA